AUGGGAGCGACCGCUGCAGCAGGUGCUCGGAAGGCAUCUGAAGUUGGUCCUCUUCUUCCUUCUCCUUCUCCUCACCAAUCCAAGGCCGUACAGCAGAACGCAAAGCAUCCGUCGCCCUUUAUGCGAAUCACAGGUCUAGCCAAGCCUCACGAUCAGGCAGCUGCAGCAGCGCACCAUCCAUCAGCUCCCGCCGGCAGGGGUAUCCUGUCCCCUGGUGCUGCUGGUGCCGCCACUGCAGAUGCUUCGCCAUCGAUUCAGAGCCAAGAGGGCAUCAGUGGCGUGAGAGAGAUAGCAUCUCCUACCGCAGUCGACGCCAGUGCAGCUACUAGCCUCCCUGUCGUCAACUCGGGCAGUUCAGAUAUUUAUGACGAUCCUGGAACCAGCCAACCCAUGAGUGAGCGAUCCAAGCAAUGGCUUGCGUACGACAAGGAACACGGAACGUUGUGGGGUCGCGAUUGGCUGUAUUACCGCCUUUUGCAGCAGCGCUUGCCACCGUCGAUCUCCCUGCUGCAAGCGGCAGCAGGAGUGCGUCGAGUGUCGAGAGAGAUGCUGCAGCAGCGCAAGACGCUCAACAGCUGCCGUUCCCACGUUGCCUCCCGUCGAAGUUUGCGUCCUGACGGGGACCUCGACAGAAUUGUCAGGCGGCUGUUUCCUUCCCUGCGAGCCUUCGAGGAGAAGCACCAUGUCCUCCUGUCAAGAGCCAAUCAGCGGCUUCACUCGAACCAAGGAGCUGCUGCCGAGCAUGCAGCCGCCGCUGCUGCUUGUGCUGCUGCCGCUGCUACCUGCACGACCACUCCGGCAGCAGGAGCCCCCGAGACAGCGUCUGCAGCGUGUGGACUCCCGCCACACAAGCGGCAGCUGCCGCAGGGAGCGCUGGUGUCGCCGCUGCAGCUGCAGCAGCACCCCAAGAAACACGGAAGCAUUCUCAACACGAGCAGCAGCAGCAAGGCGUAUGCCUUGCUGCUGCUGCGCCCCCCCACUCCCCCGCCUUUUGUCGAUGCUUCGGGGCAGCUGGUCCCCCGUCAGCAGCAGCAGCAGUCGCAUGGGAGGCCGCCUUCUCUUUGCGCUGCGGAUGCAGCUGGAUUCGCAGUCGCAGGCAGCACGCACUCCCGAUACCUCACUAUGGCCAUGCAAGCUGCCCUCCCUCCUCCAGAGAGGAAGCGGCUCCGCCGUGAACUGUCUUUGCUGCUGCGGCGGCAUCAGGCUUCGACGGCAGCAGCAGCAGAGGGAGGGGACAGUGCUGCAGCAGUCCGUCUGCACUUCGAGCUCCUUCCGGAUUUGCUGAUGCCUCAUCUGCCCUUGCUGGAGCAGAACAGGCUGUCCACCGACGGCAGCUGCACUGUGCUGCAGCUCUCCCGCUUCGUCGCCGCACGCCUUAACCAGCAACAGCAGCAGAAGCAGCUGCUGCAGAAACAGCAGCUGCAGAAACAGCUGCAACCCAUUGCAGAUCUGAGACUCUACACCAAAGAGCACCGAGCCCCCUUCGGACCCAAUUUGACGUUGGCUGCGCUGCAUCAGCUGUCCCUCGCCUACCCAACGGAAUCGCUGGUUGUUUAUUAUACAACAAGAAGCUACAAUGACGAAGGCGGGGGUGUCUUGAGCGGGUUGCGCGGUCAUCUGACGGAGGUGUCUUUGCUUGUACCUGCCGAGAGUGCUGCUGCGAGUCGCUACUUGACACAGCAGCAGCAGCAGCUGCAAAGUCUCUCUGGAGGCACUCCAACGGAUCGACAUUCAAGCCCGUCCCCCAGUGUGUCUGGGGGUGGCGGUUCCCGGGGUUCUGCUAUGACACAUGCAGCACUUUCUUCUCUUGGGGGGAACGCGAUGGGAACCCCUGAUGGGUUGUUGGCGGGGGCUCUCGGUGCACGUUGCGCAUUGCCCCCUGAAAGCGGCCCAACUCCUGAAAGACAGAGGGAACAUGCAGCAAACGCUUCUUCAACUCGUGCAAGUACAGCCAUGCAGCAGCACCUUCCUGCAGCAGUGCUAGGAGCAGCGCGAACGCCGCAGGGCUCUGCUGUCGCCGUUCCACACCCAGCGGCAGCAGCUAGCGCAGGACGCUUUGGCUCUGGAGCUGCCUUCAAGCCUCUAGAUGCCUCUCUGCCCGUGGCAGCAGCCGAUCAGGUGCCUCGCCGCAGUGCGGCGGUAGGAAUGCCUUAUCGGCCAAGCGGCGUGGGGGCCCCUGGGACGGCGGCCUCGAGCUUCGCAGCGCAUGCAUGGAUAUUCGUGUCGCCUAGAUGCUGGUGGAGUUUGGCAAGCGCCUCUGCUUUCUGUAGUUAUGUAGGCGGCUGCCUUGCUCGUCAGUUAGCCAAAAAAUUAGAUGUAGUCUGCUUGCAUCGUAAGGCCACUGGACAUGGUGCAAGCGUCACUAACCCUGAUCUAGGCACAUCUGCAACUAAAUACCCAUAUAUAAGCUCACGCAAGUCGAGUUGUUUGCGUACUGCAGGGCCGGCUGCAUCAGCAGGGUGUGGCGACGCUGCAGUUGCAAAUUCAACAGACCGUCAGAUGAAUGAUGUGCCCGCAUCAAUGCUGGCUGGGACUGCCUGCAAAGAUAUCGAAAUUCCUUGA